AUGCAUUGCUCCCUCCGCGUGGAAGCUAGCCGUGGUGACGAUGGAAGACAUUGUGCCACGUGGGAGUUGGGGACGUUACCCGACACUGCCGAUGAUCACGCGGGGUGUACCGCUUUGGCUGCCUCAGCCUCGGGCGUCAUGGACGAUUUGACCGCCAGGGACCGAGGUUCAAGGAUGAACAGGCUGGCGUUGGCUCCCCCAUUACACCCCGACAACGCUAUACUACCGACGCUGCACUUGAUAACCGCCUCGGGCUCGGCCUGCAAAAUCUGUGCGACUGUGAACAACGAGGGACGAUGUUAUACGACCGUGGACUGUUCGAUCCCAGGAGUUGCCUUGAAUAUGCGGGUUCAUCUCGACGGAAUGGAUCGUGUUGACGUGAGUGGUGUAUGUGGGGCUGACGCAACCCCAGCGACAAUGUCGGGCGUGUUGGAUUGGCUGUCGGGGACGGCAGAGACAACCCACUCAGUGAUCCUGACGACAGCGGUGACAAACUUGUGUCCGGCACACUUCCAGGGUUUGGAAAAUGGGGGUGGGCCAUUACCUCGGACUUACGACCCCUCCCUGAGUAAGAUCUUUGGUUCGGCGUGGAAGAAGGCGUUCCUUGUGGCAUCGGUGUUGGCCGCGAUCGGCGUGAACAACCAUGCCGGUGCGAGUGUGGACAUUGCCGCUGCGGAUAUUGCGGGUAGCGGCAAAGUGGUCGACCAGCUGGAUGGCGCGCUUUUGAACGGCGACAAGUUCCAGUUCCAAGCGGAAGUGAGUCGCCUGAUGGACAUCAUCAUCAACUCGCUGUACAAGAGCAAGGAAAUCUUCCUCCGCGAACUCAUUUCAAAUGCGUCGGACGCUUUGGACAAGCUUCGGUUCCUCGCGCUGUCCGACAGCAGCUUGCUGGACGUUCUCAAGGAGCUUGAGAUUCGCAUUUCGUUCGACAAGACCGCGCACACACUGACGAUCAAGGACACGGGUGUGGGCAUGACUAAAGACGACUUGGUCAAGAACUUGGGGACCGUGGCCAAGUCAGGCACGGCCAACUUUGUGUCUGCGAUGCAGAACGGCGCCGACGCCAACAUGAUCGGCCAGUUCGGGGUCGGGUUCUACUCUGUGUACCUCGUGGCCGACAAGGUGCGCGUGGUGUCCAAGAACAACGACGACGACCAGUACAUCUGGGAAUCGAGCGCGAACGCGAGCUUCACCGUGUCCAAGGAUCCCCGCGGAAACACGUUGAAGCGCGGGACCGAAAUCACGCUGUUCCUCAAGAAGGACGCGCUCGAAUUCCAGGACCAGGCCAAGCUCAAGCAACUGGUGUCCCAUUACAGCGAGUUUAUCAACUUUCCCAUUUACCUGCACACGUCGCGCGAAGAAACCGUCGAAGUCGACGACGAUGCGGGCGACAGUGUGAGUGUAUUGUGA